AUGCCAAAAGUCAUACGCCGUCCAUACCAUGGCUUAGGUUUUGCAUCGCCUCGUAAGACUUCGCGCCGUAGACUCGCCUCAACGCCCGUCGCGGCGUCACCUCUCGGCAAAUCCGCUCCCGGCGUCGCCUUGCCGCAAAUACGCACGCGACGUCGCCUCGCCGCUAAUACGCACGCGGCGUCGCCUCGCCUCAAAUACGCACGCGGCGUCGCCUCGCCGCAAAUACGCACGCGGCGUCGCCUCGCCGCAAAUACGCACGCUUCGUCCCCUCGCCGCAAAUAUGCAGCGGCGACGCCUCGUCGCAAAUCCGCUCGCAGCGUUGACUCGUCGCAACACGAUGCCUCUUCACGCCACCGCGAUCACGCUGGCCGUGCCACACGCUGCGGCCCUCGUGCUCCUCCCAAUAAACCCUUUUCGCUGCCCCCCUUUACCGCCUCCCGAUCUCCCUUUACCGCCUCCCGAUCUCCCUUUACCGCCUCCCGAUCUCCCUUUACCGCCUCCCGAUCUCCCUUUACCGCCUCCCGAUCUCCCUUCCCGUCGCCCCAUUUCCGUUCUCGCCGCCCCAUUCCCCUUUCCGCCGCCCCUUUGACCUUCCCGCCGCCGAAUUCCCCUUCCCGCCGCCCAAUUCCCCUUUUUUCUCCGCCCAAAGAACCCAUUCCUGCCGCCCAUUCUCCCCUUCCCGCCUCUCAUUCAACUCCUCCCGCCUCCCUUUCCCCCAUUCCCGCAUCCCGUUCCCCCCCCCCUUCCCGCCUCCCAUUCUCCCCUUCUUGCCUCCCAUUCUCCCCUUCUUACCUCCCAUUCUCCCCUUCCUGCCUCCCUUCUUUCCCUUAUCUCCCAUCCCUCCCUUCCCUCCCUUCCCUCCCUUCUCUCCCUUCCCUCCCUUCCCUCCCUUCUCCCCCGUCCCUCCCUUCUCCCCCGUCCCUCCCUUCUCUCCCUUCCCUCCCUUUUCUCCCUUCCCUCCUUUCUCUCCCUUCCCUCCCUUCUCUCCCUUCCCUCCCUUCUCUCCCUUCCCUCCCUUCUCUCCCUUCCCUCCCUUCUCCCCCGUCCCUCCCUUCUCCCCCGUCCCUCCCUUCUCUCCCUUCCCUCCCUUUUCUCCCUUCCCUCCUUUCUCUCCCUUCCCUCCCUUCUCUCCCUUCCCUCCCUUCUCUCCCUUCCCUCCCUUCUCUCCCUUCCCUCCCUUCUCCCCCGUCCCUCCCUUCUACCCCGUCCCUCCCUUCUCUCCCUUCCCUCCCUUUUCUCCCUUCCCUCCUUUCUCUCCCUUCCCUCCCUUCUCUCUCUUCCCUCCCUUUUCUCCCUUUCCUCCCUUCUCUCCCUUCACUCACUUCUCUCCCUUCACUCACUUCUCUCCCUUCCCUCCCUUCUCUCCCUUCCCUCCCUUCUCUCCCUUCCCUCCCUUUUCUCCCUCCUUUCUUCUCUUCCGCGCCGUGCAUUCCCAUUGUCCCCUGCCUGCCUCACAAUCUAUCCUUCCAGCCUCGCCCUUGUCGUCCUGCCUGUCAUUCCAUCUCCCCUCCCUGCAUACCCCUCUCUUCCUGUCCUCCCUUCUCUGCGCCUCUCCCCCUCACUGUGCCCCCUGCUAUACUAUUCCCUCUUGUUACCUUUCCUGCCACCCCUCCGAAGCUGAAAGCGAUCUCAAAGUGCUUUUCCUCACAUGCCUUCCAAAGCCUCCUUCUCCCCCUGAGUUCCCUCCUCCCCCUCGACCUGAUUCCUCUCGACUUCUUCCUGAUUCCCCUCAUUUUCGUCCUGAUUCCCCUCAUUUUCGUCCUGAUUCUCCUCAUUUUCUUCCUGAUUCCCCUCAUUUUCGUCCUGAUUCCCCUCAUUUUCGUCCUGAUUCUCCUCAUUUUCUUCCUGAUUCCCCUCAUUUUCUUCCUGAUUCCCCUCAUUUUCUUCCUGAUUCCCCUCAUUUUCUUCCUGAUUCCCCUCAUUUUCUUCCUGAUUCCCCUCAUUUUCUUCCUGAUUCCCCUCAUUUUCUUCCUGAUUCCCCUCAUUUUCUUCCUGAUUCCCCUCAUUUUCUUCCUGAUUCCCCUCAUUUUCUCCCUGGUUCCCCUCAUUUUCACCCUGACUCCCCUCUUCUUCAUCCUAAUUCCCAUCAUUUUCUCCAUGAUUCCUCUCAUCACAGCUUGUGGUUGA